AUGGAGAUCUUGGGUUGCACGUUUUGCAUCCAACAAAAGCUGCCAGAAUCCGUCGACUUGCGGAAGGAAGGCGCAUGGUCCGCGUCAAGAAUCAGGGGGCUUGUGGUGGGGUGUUGUUGGGCCUUCUCCGCCGUUGCCGCCGUGGAGGGAAUACACAAAAUCGUGACCGGGGAUUUGAUCCCGCUAUCGGAGCAGGAGCUGGUGGACUGCGAUCUUCAUAGUAGAGGUUGCACGAGCGGUUUCAGCAGUGAGAGGGUUGCUACGAUAGAUGAUUACAAACGUGUUCCAGUGAAUAACGAGAAAGCAUUGGCGAAGGCCGUCGCUCAUCAACCAGUCAGCAUGUCCAUCAACGCCAGCAAUCUAGGUUUUCAGCGUUACAAAUCAGGUAUUUAUGCUGGACCAUGUGGUACUAUGCUGACCCACUCAGUAGCUGUCGUAAGUUAUGGCACAGAAAAUGGUGAGGAUUACUGGAUUGUAAAGAACUCCUGGGACAGUAAAUGGGGAGAGCAAGGUUACGGGAGAAUGAAGCAAAGACACUAA